AAAUCAGUUAGCGCAGUAAGUAAGUUGAUAGCGUUCGAUACCUUCACGGAAAAGCGUCGCAACGAAUCGGAACGCGUAGUACAAAUUGAAAAUGGCAACCCAACAAAUUGUCGAAGGUGCUCAGAUGGGAUACGUGUUUCCCUUGAUGUUACCAUUGAUCACCGCUUCGGUUGUGCUAUCUUUGUUUUAUUAUUGGAUGCAAAAUAGACGCAUUGCCAAAUUGGGAAAUUUAAUACCCGGACCUCCCACACUGCCACUGUUAGGAAAUGCUCAUAUUGUAAUUGGAAAGAAUCAUAAUGAAAUUAUGGAGCUUGCUCUGAAGCUGGGAAAGAAAUAUACAAACGUGGCGAGAGUUUGGAUCGGUCCGAAACUGGUGGUCAUUUUGACGAAUCCAUCGGACAUUGAGAUUAUAUUGAACAGCAACGUCUAUAUUCAAAAGUCGGACGAAUAUCGUUUCUUCAAACCAUGGUUGGGCAACGGUCUGUUAAUCAGCAACGGUGAUCAUUGGCGAUCCCAUCGUAAGUUGAUUGCUCCAGCUUUUCAUCAGAACGUGCUGAAAUCGUUCGUGGGAACGUUUAACAGCAACAGUCUGAAUGUGGUGAAACGAAUGGAGAAAGAGGUGGGCAAAGUGUUUGACAUUCAUGAUUACAUGAGUGAAACAACGGUGGACAUAUUGCUAGAAACGGCAAUGGGUCACAAACGAAUGGGAGAAAAUGACGAUGGAUUUAAAUAUGCCAUGGCUGUUAUGAAAAUGUGCGAUAUUUUACACGCUCGACACAUUAAAGCCUAUCUGAGAUUCGAUUCUGUUUUCAAUUUGACAAACGUGAAAAAACAGCAGGAAAAACUGCUAUCAAUAAUUCAUGGCUUAACCAAAAGGGUUAUCAAGGAGAAAAAAGCGCUUUACGAAAAAAAUCUGAGCGAAGGUAAUGUUCCAUCGCCAUCACUAGCCGAAAUUAUUGCCGAUGAUUAUGUGGAAAAAACACCAACAAAAAAAGUCGAAGGUCUUCGUGACGAUCUGGAUGAUAUUGAUGAGAAUGAUGUCGGUGAGAAACGUCGGCUUGCUUUCCUCGACCUGAUGAUCGAAGCGGCAAAAAAUGGUGCAAAUUUGAAUGAUGAUGAAAUCAAAGAGGAAGUGGAUACUAUCAUGUUCGAGGGACACGAUACAACAGCAGCCGGUUCCAGUUUCGCCCUAUGUUUGAUGGCAAUACAUCAGGAUGUGCAAUCCCGUGUCUAUAAAGAGCUAAAGUCAAUAUUCGGCGAUUCGUCGAGGGAAUGUACAUUCGCCGAUACGAUGGAAAUGAAAUACUUGGAAAGGGUUAUACUCGAAUCGCUCCGUAUGUACCCUCCAGUUCCGAUGAUCGCCCGGAAGAUCAAUGAAGACGUGCAAUUGGCAUCCGAAAACUAUGUACUUCCUGCCGGAUGUACCGUUGUUAUCGGUACAUUUAAAGUACACAGACGAGAAGAUAUCUAUCCGAAUCCGGAAGUUUUCAAUCCGGACAACUUUUUGCCGGAACGAACCCAGAAUCGACACUAUUACAGUUUCAUACCGUUUAGUGCCGGACCGAGGAGUUGUGUAGGUCGCAAGUACGCGAUGAUCAAGUUGAAAAUUCUGAUUUCAACCAUAUUGAGAAACUACAGGGUCAAGUCCAAUUUGAAGGAGAGCGAUUUUCGGCUUCAAGGAGACAUUAUAUUGAAGCGGUCUGAUGGGUUCAGGAUCGAAAUAGAGCCAAGGGUUGGUUGAUUUAAAUUAAUUGGACAAAUUAUCUUUUUCUAUUUUAAAUAAUCGAAUAUCUACAGAAAAUAAAAUCGAAAAAUGUGCAAUUUUCAGUCGAGUCAAAUUGUAUAAAACGUCAUCGAGCUCGGAAAGAUACUAGUGACUCUAUUAGGCGUUUUGUUGGACUGGAAUAAAAUGUGUUCUUCAAUUGAUUAGAUGGAUGGCUGAAAUAAAUCAAUAAUGUAAAACAAAACGAAACUUGUCGGCACAAACGUACUUACUACGUCCGACUCGUUUUUGUUGCAUAUUACUGGUUUAUUCAUCCACCCACUGUAAUUCAUUUUUGGAACAGGACGUUAACUAAUUCAACAAAACGUGUAACAAAUUCGCUUGUAUGUUUUACGUGCUGAAUUGCGUGAAUUCGUGUUGACCAGUGCACAUUUUUCACAUUUAUUUUCUGUAUAGUAACAUAAAGUACACAAAUAUACGAUAUAGUCGAAUGUAUUGCACGAUUCUGUAAAAAAAUACAAAAAUUUUCUUACGAUCUCAUUGUUAACUUUUGCAAAUGAACUAAUUGAACGGUAUUGGACGAUCUAUUUUUAAAAUAAGAAUUAAACGAUUUGUAAUAAUGA